UCAUAGCGCCAGGGCUGACUGAGACUGAGGCUGUGGAUUGUGGGAGAAUUCGGACAACAGCCAUUUUCGGGUAGCGACUGUCAUCCUUGGAACACACUUCUCCAACUGAGAGAGAACGUACCAGUCCCGCACUAUCUUUAAAACAAAUUCUGACGAUGGAUAGAACGAUGCCGAAUCACGGCAAAUAGUGUUCCUGUAUUUAAGAGCGCUGUUCCGGUUCAAGUUACGGAAGACGAGAACAUUGACUAGGCUAAUUCGUAGCAGGCUCGAAUUCAUUAGCUAGCCAGCCAGCCAGCCAGCCAUGCUAGCAUAAUUGGUUACAAUGUAUUGCUUGGAAUUUGCUCGCUUUUAGACGGCAGCGACGUUAUACAACGGGAUUAAAACCAGUGGUGUGUCGUGGGUUUAUUUUUAUAGUGCAGCAGACCGAGUAACGUGUCAUCAGGAUUUAACCGGCGGGCGGACUGGGGAGAGAGAAGCCUUGCGGUUCAGGAGCGUCGCCCACUCUUACAAAAAGGGAUUGAAGUGGAGCAUCACAACAGUCCGUGGUGCUUUGUUUGAGCUCGAGGUUACCGGGGGCAGCGCACUUGUCUUGGGGGAAAUAGGACCGUUUCGAAUUAAGUGUGUGUGAACUCAGGUUAUGUCCACCAUGGUGUACCCACGCAGCGAGGAGGCCCUGGAGCGCCUGACCCAGGAUGAGAUCGUGCUCAACACAAAGACUGUGAUGCAGGGCCUGGAGACACUCAGAGGGGAGCAUGCCCAGCUCCUCACGUCCCUGCUGGACUGCACCCAGCCACCUGCUGCCCAGGAGAAGUCAGGCCUGCUGCGGAAGAGCCUGGAGGCCAUAGAUUUAGGCCUGGGAGAGGCACAGGUGAUCAUUGCCCUGUCGGGUCACCUGAGUGCUGUGGAGUCAGAGAAACAGAAGCUAAGAGCCCAGGUCAGACGACUGUGUCAGGAGAACCAGUGGUUAAGAGAUGAGCUAGCAGGAACACAGCACAAGCUGCAGCGUAGUGAGCAGAGUGUUGCCCAGCUGGAGGAAGAGAAGAAGCACCUGGAGUUCAUGAACAAGAUCAAGAAGUUUGAUGACGACGUGUCGCAGUCUGAGGAGAAGGCUGCAGGGGAGACGUCUAAAGACAGCCUGGACGACCUGUUCCCCAACGAUGACGACCAGGGACAGGCCCAGCCCAGCGGAGAGGUGGCGGCCCAGCAGGGUGGCUAUGAGAUCCCGGCCCGCCUGAGGACUCUCCACAACCUGGUGAUCCAGUACGCCUCCCAGGGGAGGUACGAGGUGGCCGUGCCCCUCUGCAAACAGGCCCUGGAGGACCUGGAGAAGACCUCCGGACACGACCACCCUGACGUGGCCACCAUGCUCAACAUCCUGGCCCUGGUCUACAGGGACCAGAACAAGUACAAAGAGGCAGCCCACCUGCUGAACGAUGCCCUGGCCAUCAGAGAGAAGACCCUGGGGAAGGACCACCCUGCGGUAGCCGCCACUCUCAACAACCUGGCUGUGCUCUACGGGAAGAGGGGCAAGUACAAGGAGGCUGAGCCGCUCUGUAAGAGAGCCCUGGAGAUUAGAGAGAAGGUCCUGGGGAAGUACCAUCCUGACGUGGCCAAGCAGCUGAACAACCUGGCCCUGCUGUGUCAGAACCAGGGAAAGUACGAGGAGGUGGAGUUUUACUACAGACAAGCCCUGGAGAUCUAUCAGUCCAAACUGGGGGCUGAUGACCCCAACGUAGCCAAGACCAAGAACAACCUGGCUACAUGCUACCUCAAACAGGGGAAGUUCAAGGAUGCUGAGUCCCUGUACAAAGAGAUCCUAACCAGAGCACAUGAGAAGGAGUUUGGAUCAGUCAACAAUGACAACAAGCCAAUCUGGAUGCAUGCGGAGGAGAGAGAGGAGAGCAAGGGGAAGAGGAAGGAAGCUAGUCCCUGUGUAGAGUAUGGAAGCUGGUACAAGGCCUGCAAAGUUGACAGUCCUACUGUCAAUACCACCCUGAAGAGCCUGGGGGCGCUGUACCGCAGACAGGGUAAAUUACAGGCAGCUGAGACACUGGAGGAGUGUUCUACCAAGACACGCAAGCAGGGUAUAGAUGCCAUUAACCAGAGUAAGGUGGUGGAGCUCCUGAAGGAUGGGGCCCCAGGAGGGGGUGAGCGACGGCAGAGCCGGGAGGGUCUCAACGGGCCCCAGCGGGGGGACUGUGAGGGGGACGACGGAGCAGAGUGGAACGGGGAAGGUAACGGUUCAUUGCGUCGGAGCGGCUCCUUUGGGAAGAUCCGUGAAGCGCUGCGUAGGAGCAGUGAGAUGCUGGUGAAGAAACUACAGGGCAGUGGCCCCCAGGAGCCCCGCAACCCAGGGAUGAAGAGAGCCAGCUCCCUCAACUUCCUCAACAAGAGUGCAGAAGACCCCUCACAGGACGCCAACACCGGCCUAUCAGAAUGCAGAGGACUGAGUGCCAGCAAUGUGGACUUGUCAAGACGCAGCUCCCUGAUUGGUUAAACAGAGACAGGAGGAGGAAGGUC